AUGGACCCUUCUGCUUCAUCUCGGUCAAUUCCUCGCCUAGAGUUGUUCAAGAAACCAGAUGGUACACCAAUCAAGUUUUUCUCUCAGGCAGAUGUCAGUAAUCACCCUCGCCUUGUCAGGCAGCUCAAGAAUGGCGGUGGUCAAAUAGGAUCGAUAAGGGAUGCGGAUAUCAUCUUGGUGAAUCAGAAUAGUUCAGCAGGGCAACACUUUCUGGGAGUCUGGAGAGACGAUCCAGGAAAAGUGAUCCUCCAUUAUUCAUGGGUUCAGAGUUGUCUGGACGCUAGGAAGUUGCUGCAACAGGAAGACAAUUGGGGUGGAUGGCUCGCUGAAGUCAAAAAUAUAUCUGAAGGCGACGAGGAUGAAUCAGGGAAUGAGGGAGAGGCGCCUGCUGACAAGUCAGUAGAGUUUCCUGAAUCCGUCGCACCAGAGACUGAUGUUUCGCGAAUAAGAAGUGAUCCCAAACCAAGUGGUGUAAUUCCGCAUUCAGGCUUGAUUUCGACUUCCCAGCCACCAGCUGCGACCCCUGCUCAAACACAUCCCGCUACGAGUUCAAUGACAGCUCUCAAGCCCACACCCAAUCCCGUACACUCGAAUCAUCUGAUAAUGCCCGUACCGUCGGAUUCAACAUUCCCGUCCAUAGGCAAUACCCAAAUGAUGUUCCAACCAGGCCAAUACCCGCAAUUUGGAGCCAGCGGCUCAGAACUUCCCUCUUUCCUCGGCGACAGUGCAAUGGACGGCCAGCAACCCGUAUUUAAUGCACAGUUGGAAGCCGAGCAAUUCUUAGCCCGACAUCCUCGUGUCCAUCCUACUGUAAUGGCAGAUGUGUUGGAAGCGAAUGGGGAUCCAGCGUCUCGGAUGAUCGCAGCCGCCAUGAGGGCCAGAGCCCCUCCUACCAACGGUUCCUCCGGGCCCGAUAAUAGCCACCAUGCCAGCAGCUCAUUUGUUGCAUCUUCACGUUCCCCUUCAGAGGAGCCCUUAUCGGCUAUUCACAAGAAAAAGCAGAGGGAGGCCUCCUCUUCAAGUGCCCAACGAAAACUUGGUCUUUUCUCGCGAAAUGGUGCACCGAUCUCGUUCUUCAUCCAAAUUGACCAUGCGAAACGUAAUUCACUUGUCCAGAUAGUCAAGACCCGCGGUGGGACCAUCGUCGCAGACGUGAAGGAGGCGGACUUUGCCAUCUUGUACUCUGCUGCGCCUCACAAGAUGAAGGACUACGAGAGAUUUCUGAAGGCCGCCCAGGCGCAUAACGUCCCCGCUGUCCGAGGUCAUUUCGUCGAGCACUGCGACCGACAAGAGAAACUUCUCGACCAUACCGAGUUCCUGUGCGAAAUUCCGCCCAAAAAGAAACGCAAAAAGCCUGUAGCGGUCAGCUCUUCAGAAUCGGAAGAUGAACAGCCCAUCUCCAAAGUGACAACAUUAGCAAAAAAGAAAGCACAGCUAGAAAGGAAGGGGAAGGGGAGGGAAAAGGAAAAGGAGGAAAAAAGAGAAAAUAAAGAGAAGAUGGAAAGCACGGUCAUCCAGGCAAAGAAGAUGAAGCAGACUAUGUCACCGGUACCUGCACGGAUGUCUCCUCCAAAGCACAGGCGAGCACCCAAGCGAUUUACUGAGCAGGAAAUCCAGCAGGCAUUGAAGAUAGCUCUGGAUGUUUAUUCCCAAGACCCAGAUACUACUCAUACAUCCCUAAUGAAGCAAAUACACGCUCAGCUCCCCGACCAUCCGGAGCGAUCAUGGUCCACAACACUCACUACGAAAUACAAGAGGGAGUUGGAGGAAGCUCUCAAACGGGGAGGGAUCAAUUAUCGUAAACGGCAACGGCAGUUACAAGAACAACAAGCUGGGCACAGUCGUGGCCCAAGUCUGGAGACCAACCCAAGCCGCAUGAGUGUGGAUUCGUUCCAUACCCCACGGCCGUCAUUUUCCCCUGUCCCGGUUACUCAGAACCAUGCUCGCAGUGCUAGCCAUGCGAGUACAAUGCUGGAGCAAGAUCUGGAAGUAAUUGCGACUUUCUUCGCUCUGGGCGAAGACCAAGAUUUUGGAGAGGGGGAUGAGCGUAAUGAACAUCGUGACGCUAUUUUCCAGACGUUGGAACGCAAGAGAGGUCGCUGUCGCACACUUCCCACUUGGGAUGCAUUUCAUGCAGCUCAUGCCGAGGAAAUUCAAAGAAGAGUCAAUCUCAAGGUGGAGCAACCGACUUGA